UUUGUUUGUCCACUCUGCAGGAUCCUUGGUUUGGCCAUCUUCAAAAAAGAACACACCCCUCUUCUAUAACCAACCGUACACAUGGUCCAAUCCAUGCCAAUGAAGAGAGUGGGCAUUCAACAGAAGGAUCAUUCCAUUUAUCAGAUCUAGAGGGGGAUUCUGUCUUGGAGGGAUCGGAUGACAUGGAAUAUUCCUCGGGCUCUGACUGUUCAUCUCCAGUACAAAGGCAGAGGAAACCUCCCAUCUCCAGUACUCGUUUUAUUGAUUCCAGUCAGGACAUAUACCCCAGAGCUAGGACAAUAACUAACAUUGGUCACAGGAUCUCUUCUUCUAAGUAUGAUGGGUUGUCAUGGCAACAGUAUAAAUCUGUUGUUGCUAGGAGGCAAGAUGACAGCAGUCACAUUGGGAGGAUAGAUGCUGAAGGGAAGGAAAAGGGAAGAGUUGUCUCUUCAGAAAAUUUGACGAGAACAUCGUCAGAGUUUCGCAGUGAUGGAUUUUUAGAAUCUAAUGGUCAUCAGGGAAGAUUACCACCGGAUGGGUUGUUAGGAAGAUAUCCUUCAUCACCAAUCUCAUUAUCAGCAUGGGAUACAGUCAAAGGCCAACAUGAUCCGUGCAGAAGUGACAUAGAGCAUAGCCAGGAUGCAAGAAUGUCCACUCUUGUAGGUAGCCAUCGUGACUCAAAUCCCUUUGAGCGCUAUACGUUUGAUCAGGGGGAAAUGCCUGAUGGAAGGUUCCGAAGACCACACCUAGAUGAACCAAGCCUGCAUCUACCUUCAAGAUUUCAUAGCCAGAAUGAAGGAAGUGAUGAUAAUGCACAUUUACUUGGAGAUCAUGGUCAAUCCGUGCCUCCAGGAUCCACAACAAGCCAAACAGCAUCAUCAUACAAUAUUUCUGAAUUCCAAAAAUCAGAAUAUGUCCAGUUUUCAAAGAGAACAAACAUCCAAAGAACUCAAGAUCCAAGACAUGUUGACAACGGUAUUAAUUACACAACUAAUGAUGAUUUAGAUGUAGAUUUCAGUAGAGACACAGUACAAGAUGCUGAAUACCAAACCUAUGAGCAGCUACAUGUACAGUCUAUGUUCCCUGUAGUAUUAGAACAUAGAAAAAAUGGUGCAAAUCUGACAAAGCAAAGUCUUCCACAUUCAAGCCAUGUACCAUUUGAUAAGAUUGUCUCUGACAACAGUUCAUCCCUUGGCCAAAAGCGGCCUCGUAGAAGAAAGCUGGAGACAGAGUUUUCAAAUGCACAAAGAAGCCAAAGUGAAGUGAUUAGAACACAACAAUUUGCUGAAAGUAAUUCAAAGCCCCCAAGAUUAGGUAGGAGAAACAUGAAUGUCCAGCCUGAUUUUCUAGGAAAUGCAGCGAUGCCAGAUCCUGCACUGUCUUCUGUUUUAUCUUCUCACACUACGAGUAUCUCUGUCCAGGGUGACCAAAGGAAUCCUAUGCAGCAUCUAGAAACUGACUCUUUGUUGAUUCAUCAGGAAGAGAAUCUGCAUAGUCACAUUUACAGACAGAAGAAAGGAAUUCAGGACUUACCUGAAGGAGUUCCAGGAUCAACUGGAUCCGUUUCUCCAUCACCUGCACAUGUUGUUCAUCCCCAAGGGAGUGCAUCAGAUACAAUAAAGUCUUCCAGACUGACAGCUUCAUUAUACCCUGAUGGAAUAGACCAAGUGCAGGAUCUGCUGAUGUUCUCAACAGCGCAAUCAACUUCUGAGGGAUCUACAAAUGCCAAAGCAGCUGUACUACCUUUUAGGAAUCACUCGUUGAGUGGUGCAAGAGCAACCAGUGUGUAUUCAUUGACUACCUCAAAAGGUUUAUCAUCGCAAUAUUCACCAGCAUUGUCUUCGUAUUCCGUACCAUCGUCUGGAGUCCUUGAUAAACUACCAUUGCAGACAUCUACUCUGGAAGAUCACCUUUCGCAGCAUUAUACAAACACAGGGUUCUCAACAAGUCAUCUGUCUGAAAGGUAUGAGAAUGAAUCAAUUUCUUUGAACUGCAGCUCAACUGCAUCAAAACAUUCCAAUUACUCAAAACUCGAUCACCAAUCCAAAAUAAAGACUGGUGCAGAUGAUGUGAAAUCAUCAAGAAGAGGGGAUGGUAAACAACGUUCUGGAUCACAAAGUUCACCUCAUGAGCAUGAAGAUCUUCAGGACUUUCUUUUAGAAGAGGAAGGUCUUCCGUUCUUCUUGCAAGAGAGAAGGAAGGAGCUUCAAAGGGCCAUGAAUUAUCAUUUCGAGGAGAGUGAGGAGGAGGAAACACAUGAAGCACAUGCUACACCAAACCAUGAUGAUAAAAUGCUCAGAUGUACUGCUGACACCAUGCCAAAGAAUCGAGGACAUCAUUUAGAAAUGAGUGUGUCCACCAGCGGCAGCCCUCGUCAAGUCACCUCUAUCUUGUGGGUAUUCAAACUGCUAGACAUACUCCACAACCAUCCUGUAGAAAAACAUGAGGUCCUUGUUUCACAGGCAUACUGGUUUAGAAGAUGGUUGAAAAAAGUGAGAUUAUUGAAAAUGAUACACGAAGAGGAGAAGAAUAAGUGGAGAAGAGCCGUCACCUUACAUAAUAUGACCAUCAAGCAGAAAUACCUCAGUCAUUGGAUGUCUGCUGUGCAAUCAAGAAGCAACUCGGCUAGACUCCUGUACCAGCAACAUCUUCGGCAUAAAGGACUCAGUGCAUUCAAAUUUGCUGUAAUGAGCAGCAAAAUCCAGGCUGAACAACUGGAGAUCAGGCUAAAAGUCAUGACCCUUGUCAAGUAUUUUAAGAAGUGGAGCGCCCUCACACAGCUGCGGAAAGAGAAGGAAGCCAUCUUAGAGCAAAUAGCCGAUCAGCAUGUCACUGUCAAAGCAUUCAGUGUCUGGAAAGAAGGCUAUCAUGCGCAGCAGAGAAUGGCCAUUGCAGAUCUUCAUUACAAAGUGGGGCUCUUGUCAAGGUCCCUUGAACACUGGAAGUCCUAUGUUGCCCAUCAGAGAAUGAAGUAUUACCAGAAAGAGCUCGCCAGGGUUCAUCAUGAGGACAGACUGGUCAAGAGAACAUGGGUAACCAUGGCAACCAUCUGUAACGAAAGGCAGAAGGCCAGAAGAAAAUAUAGGUGGACCAUACUAUGUAGAUCUUGGAAGGCUUGGAGACAUGGUAUACAGAUCAUGAAGAUGGAGAAUCUCCAUGACAAUGCCAAGGCUAUAGUCUUCAGAGACAAGGCGAUCCUUCAGAGAUUUUUUGCUGACUGGGCAGAGAGGACCAAGGUUUUGCUGGUGAUCCGCAAGAGAGAGAAAUCGCGACUCAGUCAAGCCUUUGAACUCUGGAAACUGAAGAAUCAAAGGAGAAAGCUCCUCUACAGGAUCCUAGACUCCAAGACUGGCCAAACUCUGAUGAAGAGGGCGCUGUUAGCAUGGAGAAAGCACACUCGGCAGUGUGUAGAGGCACGACGAGAUGGCAUCAGGUUACUUGAGAGGGUACAGAUGAGGGGGGUGAUGUUUGCAUGGCGGUCUUGGACAUGCUCCCAAGUAUUUCUCAGGCUAUCUCUGCAAAAUCACCAGACUGUCAAAGACGUCAAAGCAACAGGCAUCUUCUUCCAACGAUGGAAACUCCGCUGGCUCAGGGCGAGGGCGCUUCGUCGUGGCCUCGAGAGAUGGUCCGAACAUUGCCUAGAGAGGGCAGCAAAGCAUUGGAUACAGCAUGUGAUCGAACGCAGGCAGAGAAUUCAGGCGGAAGAGUUUGCAAGACAGUCGGACAACGCUUGCCUCAGAAGGUCAUUCUCGAAGUGGGUCGAGGCCAAAGGACAAGCUGACUGUGACAGGCAGAGGGCAGCAGACAUGCAGCAUGUCUUGAUCUGCAGUCGUCUUCACAGGAUAUUUCUUGCCUGGAAGCUGGAGAUGAUGGUGACGAGAGCAGUCGGACCGCUUACCGAAAGGAGGAAGGAACGGUGUCUAGCCAAAGCUUUUGACAACUGGAGAUUUGUCGUCAAGAGGAAGAAAAUGGGGCAGAGGUUUGCUAGAAGAUGCAAGGAUACUGUCAUAGCAACGACAUUUAGAUACUGGAGCCAGACAGUAUCUUGUCUCCAAACCAAGCAGGAGCAGGCCUCCUUGGAAGCCAGUCUCGUCCUAGGAUGCUUUCGGGCAUGGCAGAGGCUCAACCAGAGGGAGACAAGCAGGAGAACGGUUGCCAAGCACCAUGAGAUGGGACUCCUUCAGGAGGCUUUCACAUCCUGGAAAGCACAGGCGGAAGUGGCUGAGCUGGAGAGACAGAUUGAAAUGGGAAAUGAGCAAAGAAGGCUUCUCCUUCAGAGGUUGUUCUUCAAAGCAUGGAGGAGAGCCAGCGGUGAGGAGGCAGAGCUGGAGAAAGAGAGAUGCACAGUGAUUCAGGGCAGGAUCGCAUCAUCUACCAUUCUUGAGAUGUGGAGGAGAUGGAGACGAUCGUUGGAGCUUGAACUCACAGCAAGGUCACUUGCUAAGAAUUGUCAACUUCGCAUGCUGAAGGAAGCGUUUCAGUCAUGGCAUCAGCACACACAGCAAAGUAUGUAUGCCGCUGUAGAGAGAUUUCACUCCAGGUUGAAUGAAUCAUGCAGCUCUCUCCAGAGUCCAGACUUUCUAGAACAAUCACCUGCCUGCUCCUUCUUGUCAUCAUCGGCAUCAUCAUCAGCAGCGUCGAUAUUGCAGCUUCAGGCUCAUGGGACACCAUCUUUAUAUGCAUCAUCUCCAUCACCUUUGAGAGAAGUGUCUGUUCAUCUUCUAGAAGAGACCUCUACAGAGUACUUCCAUUCCACGAUGAGCAAGACAGUUCUUGCACCAACUGAGUGUUCCACGAUGAACAAGAGGGUCCCUGGGCCAUCUGAGUGGUCUAGGCCUUCUGAUGAUAUCGAUGCAAGAGGUGUGUUUCCUCCCGGACAAGAUCCCUUCAUGAGCGCCUCACUGGAACACACCAGCGGAACUCCAUCCCCACUCCGGAAUCUACACCUAGGCAUCCUCAGGAGUGAUGAGGUGGAUAGAGAUUUUCCUCUACCAGUAUACUCUGAGGUCAACAGUCAGGGAGAUUUCAGUGAAGGGUCAGACAUCAGUGGACAUCAAGGUGUGGAAUCGUCCGGUAGGAGCGUAGACUCCCAUCGUAGCUGCAACGGCAUCUCCUCCGUCACUGACAGUGGUUACCAUGCCAGUGGGGUCACGGUGAUCUCAAAUGGCGAAUGGCAGAUCGCUGCCAGCAGUGACAGCACUACCAAGAAGAACUCCAAGGACUGUGCCCUUGUCAGUGAUGUGUUACAGCUGUCUCCACACAAGAACAAUAACAACAGUGUAUCCCAGAACAGAGAUGAGUGGUGUGGAUUCACCAUGCCAAGGUCUUCAACUGAGGACCAUCUAGGAUACAGGGGAGAUGACACCAUGUUCCUUGAGGAACAUAGAGCAUCUCCAGGAUAUACCAGGGAAACCAUCCAUGACGUGUCAACAGUACGGAAUACCGGUAACUUAAGUCCACUCAGUCAUCAGGAUGGCUCAGCAUCGUCCAGAUUCGAAGGCAUUCAGAGACAACCUGGCAACGCAAAAGAGAGACUUUCAAAUGGCAUUCUUUACAAUAGUGAUAUGAAUAUGGUGGGUGCCAUUGGAGGAGCGGUGAACAUUACAGCUGAAGUUAAUCCCAAGGUGGAAGAUGAUGUUGUUGAUGAUGAGGACAUUGAAAGCAGUGUUCUUGGAUCUGAGAGCUUGUUUCUUACUCCAGAAAAGUCUGUCUCUCAUAUUACAAAUCAGCAAACACUGAAAGCUAUCAACAAUAAAAAGGUCUAUCUGACGUCUAUCAUCCUUCGUCUUCGGCUGUGGCCUGCCAGUGCUGCUUUCUACCAGUGGCUGGAGUACACCGGUAUGAAGAGGAUUCAUAGACAGUAUAGAUCCCUGGUCGAAGGCAGGAUGAACGAUGCUGAUCUGAGAGCUGCAUUCCAACUAUGGAGACAGCAUAGCAGUGAUCGCCAGCUUGCUUGCAACUUCCAGAACAAGAGGUUACUGGAGAAGUACUUCAGAUCCUGGUCAUAUAUCAAGGAGAGAGAGUCAGAGGAAGAGAGACAGACUUCCUUAGCUGAGCAGCAUGCCUCACACGCACUGCUCAAAUCAAGUUGGAGGACAUGGAAAGAACAUUUCCUACAGAGCUCAUAUCCUAUUGGCCCAAGGCCAACCUGGAGUGCCCAUUUCAGCCAAUCGCAGCUCAUGUCUCAAAACUGUACCGCCUUUCAAACCCAGAUCCACGAAAAGAAUGUGAAAGAAUGUUUGAUGUUCUGGAGAUUAAGAUGGAGGCAGCUACAAGAGGUUGAUUGCUACAGGUCAAAGGUCAUACUCAAGAGGUGCUUGAUUGCUUGGCUGAGCUGGAGUAAAGAGAAGAAUUGGAGAGAGAAAGCUGCCAAGAACUUCCUUGAAGCAAGACUAAAGAAAAUGGCUUUCAAGCACUGGAUGUCACAGCUUGCCAAACAAGACCUGAUCCAUACGCACUACCAAGGAGCAGCCCAAAACCAUCUGUGCCUCAUCAUCAGGGCGUGGCAUAGGUGGGCAGAGACGUCGAAAGGACUCCGCCUCAAACAUCAGGUGGUGGUGCAACGGCGGGAUGCGGCAAUCUUGAAAUGGGCUUGGUUGUCAUGGAAACAGGAGGCGGGGAAAUGCAGACGAGGGCAAGCGUUCCAUGAUAGGAAGAUGCUUCUGAGGAUUUUCCAUGGAUGGCAGUCAGUAACCCUUCAUGCAAAGCAACACAGAGUGAUCAUGCAGUUCAUCCUGUCUCGUAAAAAUCACAGGGUCCUGUCCUCUUGCUUCAGACACUGGCAGAUGGAGUACAAUGCCAGCAAGUUUGCUCAAGUGCAGGAGUGCAGACAGGCGAGGAGAAUGCUGGCAGAGGUACUUGCUACGUGGAAGACGUUUACAGUUGAAAGGCGGCGUGAAAGACAAGAACUUCUGCAUGAGGCUUUCUGGCUUUGGCGAAAUCAACUCCUCGAAGCAAAAAGGAGAAAGCAGGUAGCCCUGUCUGCUGCCACCCAUUGGCGACUUUUGGUGAGGAGGUCAAGAGAGUUGAUGGAGACUAUGAACCUGUUCCGAAGCUCAGUGGAGGAGAGAAGACUGAAACGAACCUUCAUAUGGUGGCAGAGGUCACGGGUCAGCUGUCAGCUUGCGGAUAGUUACCAUAGCAACAGACUCCUCAAAAGAGCCAUGCAAGGAUUGAAAGAGCUACUUCAGAGAUCUCAAGAACAUUGCAACUUGGAAAAACAAUUGACAUCUCAGAAGAGAAAGACAUUGUUGCAAGUGUACUUCAGAAGGUGGAAAGAUAAGCAGUGUCACAUGAUCAACCUUCACAUCACGGCAAUACAGGUCAAAGGUCGGCUGGAAGGAAGGUCACUCUCUUAUGCAUUCCUCACAUGGCGCCUUCUCUAUCGUGAGAGACGGACAGAGCAUAGCUACAGUAAUAAGCUUUUAUUACAGACCUGGCAAACAUGGAGGAGAGUACUCGCCAAUCAGAAAGCCGCGAUCAUGAGAAGAGACAGAGAGAAGUCCCUUCUGAUGCAGGCCUUCCAUGCCUUACGCACCUGGGCCAGAGAUCGGUCUGGGAGGAGAAUCAUUCUGCAUUGUGUUCAGACUAGGAAGAAUCAUUUCAACCUCAAGAUGACCUUUGCUAUGUGGCUUGAUGAGAGCAGGUUGAGGCGGUCAGCUCGGGGUCAUCACAACAUGCAUAUCCAGAGAAAGGUUCUCAUCGCCUGGCGUGGUCUCAUUCAGAAACAGAAGGACUUAACUGCUCUCCACCAGACGGUCACAUCUCAAGUGAAAGAGAGGCGAGUGCGUGAAGCCUUCAGAGUUUGGAAAGACAGUUACUGUGCCAGCCGUCAAGCUGAAGCCAAACUGGCUGCUUUCUUCAAGAGGAAAGAAGCUUCAAUUCUUGAGAAGUGCUUUCGAGACUGGCGACAUAAUGUACUUGAGGUCCAGGCACAGAAUCUAAGAGAGAGGAGGCUAAUGACAUGGGUUGUAGACAGAUGGAGAAGAAGCGUGGAAGGAAAGAAGUUGAUAAGACAGUAUGAGAGUGAGCUAGAAGAGCUUGCAGUGCUACACUGGGAUCAUCGUGUGAGGCAAGGAUACUUCAACAAAUGGAGGUCGGCUCUUGAAGCAUUUAGAGAACAAAGAAGGUGUUUCCUAGAACAGAAAUAUGGUCUCCUGUGGAAACAGCGUGUCACCCAGGCGCUAAUGGCCCAAGCUAUGGCAAGGUAUGGUAGACUAGAGAGAUGCUGGAAAGCUUGGAGGAAAAACUUCAUCAUAGAUCGCAUCUCAAAGGAAAGCUUAGAACAGGAUCAACGCAUACUUUUAAAAAAGGUUUUUCACCGAUGGCACCAAGUAUCCGUUCUACACAGAACAAAACAAGCAUCCCCAGAAUGACUGGAAGUCGGAAAAAAAAUGGCUUGGACUUCUGUCGUGUAAAUUCUUAUACCUCGAUGUUAAUUUCACAGAGAAUAAUAAUCCUCCUCAGCGUCUCAUCCUACUAAAUUCUUCCACGUCUGCAGAGACAAAUCAGCAAGGGAUCGAGGAAACCGAUGUGAAAUCCUGGAUGCCAGAUAGCAAAUAUAUUUUUAUUUUGCUAGUUGCAAAGAGAUUUUUUGGGAUUUCUCCUGAAAAUUACAGAUUUUGUGAGGAUCCGCAGGAAAGUUGAACAUAUUCAUAUAUAAAUAUAUAUGUAUAUUCAUAUUUAAGAUAAUAUUCCAGUGUCUGUGAUGACUUCUCCAUUAGUUAUGGCAACUGCUGAGAAAUCUCUGAGAUCUUGACCGAGGUUGGGAAUGGUGCUUCCCUCUUAAUUCCCUCCAUGUCUACAUUGACAAAUCCGUGAGGGAUUACAAAAACAGGUGUGGAUGCUGCAUAGCAGAUAUAUUUUGAUUUUGUCGAUUGCAAAGACAUCUCGGCGUCUUCUCUGAGACGUUUUGAAAUUACCGAAUUCAAAGGAGUGGCAGGAAAUUCCAACGUUUGAUUUUCUUUGCCAAAGACUUUUUCCAAUUUGUGUGAUAUCUGAGAGACAUAGAUCUGUAUUUUGCGGCAACUGCUGAGACUUUUUUUCAAACAUGUCAAAUCUGCUGGAGAUCUUGCUAAGAGGUUGCGCUCAUGGGUAUUAAUCAUUGAGACUACAUGCUGAAUAUCACGUGAUCGUUGGCACCAAGCAUGAAUUUUCAAGUCACACUUAAAUCUUUGUGAAACACCCCCAGAAAGACUGAUGAGGCGUUGCGGAUAUGCCUCCACGACUCUACUCGACACUGUUUAAACACACUUACAAAACCACAUGGCUGAAAGUGUGCGGACAUCGCUCCUUGUUUUCAAGUCAGGUAUUAAUAAUAAUAAUAGUAAUACUAAUAUAGGAUAAAUUUGAUAGGGCACAUAUCUACCUUGUAAAUGUUAGGUGCUCAAGGUGCUUCUAUAGUACACUGGCGAAGCUAGUCUACAGAUUCCGGUGCUCUCAGCUUUUUGAGGAAUUGCUUCCUGCCGGUACCCAUUUACCUCACCUAGUCAAGUGCAGCACCUUGUGCAACAAUUUCAUGCUAAAAGAUAUGAUGCCGUGGCCGGGAUUCAAACGCGCAACCCUCCGCUUCAAAGUCUGGAGACUGAUCCAAUGAGUCACAACGCCCAACGUGCAGUAUCCUGCAAAAGAUUUUAUCACAGAGACGUCUCCUCCUUUGAUUAUGCCAGGUGAGCAUGGGCCAUCUAUUUGGUUUGAGACGGCUCCUCUACCUCUAGUGCUGUUGCUGAUAAGUCAGAGUCUUGGAGCCAUCAUGGUGAUGUCUGUUGAUGAAACACCAUCUCAUGACGAAAAACUUCCAUUUGAGAACACUAUACCCCAGUGUCCCUUUUCAUCAACUCUCUUCUCCAAGUACGACAAACCCUAACUGCCCCAAGCAAGCAAUUUAAGUAUCAAAACACCUGUUUCUUGACGUCGGUCCGAAGAUAACACAACAGCCCGGCAUAUACAGUCACAGCAGGGGGCCACACACGAUGGGAAACAUGCCGUCAUUUUUAUUCGCUUACUUUCCUUAUUUCGAGGUCGAUUUUCUUCGUUCGAAAAUGGACUAACAUUGGAUUACUGAAUACAAUAUGCCUUUGAAAACGUGAUUAAAUAUCGAAAUCAAUAAUUUCAUUCCGAAGGUCCUACUACAGGCAGAGAAGUCUUACGUAAUAGCACAGCUGUUGUUUAUCUUUUCGUCCUUAGCUCAACGCUCAUAUACUGGCCUGUGGAGGUGAAAUUGAGACAGCGGGGAUUACCCCUGGAUUACCUGGCCAAGCGCGGUUGAUAAGGGUUGGAAAUGAUUAUUGGGAGAUCCAAAUGAAAUUUGGGAGAUUCAAAUGAAAAAUGGGGUAUAACACCGCAGUUUGCAAUCUGAACUGCGGUCUUUCUCCAAACGGGGGUUUGACGUAAUGUGUAUAUAGCAAAGUGAAUUUUAUUUUUAGUCAUGUUUAUUCUCCGUACAUCUCAUUGUAUUGUCAGUAUUUUUAUAUUUUAUUUUGAUCAACACAACAAAUACUCAUGUUUGAAAAAAAAGAUGCACAAAAACCAACCUCGUCUUCCAAAUAAAUUGCAAUGCUACAUAUAUAUGUAUAUAUAGUUUGCCAUAAGUAGAUCAUCAGAAAUUUUUGUGCUACACGUGCUGUUGGAAGUGCUCUUCGUGAAGUAAAGUGAGUACCAUGAACAAAAGACUUUUUAAAAAAGAUGCAAUGUAAAUGUUUGCCUAAAUGUCAGGUGUUCAGAAAAGAUAUAGAGCUUUAAACUUUAUAGAUAGAUUAUAUAAAAAUAAGAGUAUGAAUAUAAAGAAAUACAAAUCAGGCAUAAGAGCAUGAUAACUUGAUAAUAGCCCUUUUGUUUGAUACCAAAUUUUUUAUGGAACAACUAUUUCUGGAGAUUUGACAUGAUUUUUAUUGAUUGACAAUUGGUAUGAAAAUUGCAGGACUUCUUUUUUUUUUUUUUACUUCAACAUCACAUUGUUGAUAGAAAUAUGAAAUGAAAUUUAAGCAUGGAGAAAUAUUCAUGAAAAAAAUUUGAAGAAAUUAGCAGGGAGAGAGAGCUAUACCCUAUGUUUUAAGUGCAAUAAAUGUUCUUAUUCAUGUAUAUAUGAAGCAUUUACCCACGUUUGAAGUAUUUCAGUAGCAUUAUUUUUAUAUGAUUUCUAUUUAUUUCUUGGAUUGACUCUGUGUAAAAACAUAUAUAUAAGAUACUUAUAACAAUUCUUAUAUGAUAUAAAUAGCAGAAGUUGGUCUGUGUUUAUAUUUUCUCGCUGGGAUCUCGUCUCUGACAAUUUUGAUGUUUUAAACUAGUGUACAAUGCUGACAUACAUAGGCCAUGGCAAGCCAUGUUCCUAAUCCCAUUUCUUGAUGACAAUAAUUGCCUUUAACAACACAAACCAUUCUUCAUAUAAAAAAUGAAUUAUAAUAUUUUGUGUUGUUAACAAAAUGAAAUGGGAUGCUUGAAAUCGAGAAAAGGGAUGAAAGAAGACAACAGCUGGCCACACAUAGGCCCCUAUUCUGAAUUCAGGUUUAACUUAGACCAGUCUAACUCUGUGCUAAAAUUAUGGGGAGCCAAAAAUUUAAAAAAUCUGUUUAUAUUGUAUAUUUCUUAUGUUUACUAUUUCAUUCCCUUUUGCUUUCAUAAUGUAGAAAAAUACUUCAGUUAUCAUUCCCAGACAAUUAUGAAUUUCAUUUCAUUUUGCUUUCAUAACGAAGAAAAAUACUUCAGUUAUCAUUCCCAGACAAUUAUGAAUGAUUUAGGUGUCAUAUUAGUUUUAAUUGAAUGUUUACUGCUAGGGAUUCGUGCCCCAAUUGGCUCUCCAUAGUUAAACCACAACUUUACACCAGGGUUUGAUUUAAACCCGAGUUCAGAAUUCGAGCCUUACCGUACAUUGGCAUACGCUGGUUAAAUUAUCCAGGGUCCUGUCUUACAAAGAGUUAUGGAAAUCCAUCAAUAUCAUAAUUUUUUCUAAAGGAAAUUUAUGUAUUGUUCUUUUGUUAACAAAAGUCAACAAUGAAUGUAUGAAUAUACUUCAUAUCAGGAAAACAUUUUGAACAAAACUUGCAUUUUAGAUGUUUGUAUUGCUGGCUUUCCAUAGUUGUGGUUGAUCGGAUCAAUCACAACUCUUUAUAAGACCGGGCCGGGGCCCCGUAACACGGAGGUUAACAAUUAAUCACUAAUAUGAAUGAACAUUCUGAAUGGUUCCUAGUCAGUUCACUGAGCAAAACGCGCAUGCAAUGAUGGUCUUGAUAUGCCAUUUCAUUUAGCGAUUUAUCGGUAACCUUUGUGUCACUGGGCCGUGGUGUGGUAUGCGGUUUAUGAAAACUGGAUCUGCCCCCUGUAUUUCUACGUUUACAUUUAGUUGUAUGUGUAAUUAAUACUUUCUCUUCUGUUCAACAAUCACCUUCACAGUUCUUUUACCUUUUUUUUAACGCAUGUAUGAAUCAUUUAAAUACAUGUACUUGUAUUGUGCAAUUGUAUUGUUGUUCACUGUGCCAACAUGUAGAUUUUGUUGUUUUGACAUUAUUCCAAAGGUUUUGACAAAUAAAUUAUUUGUAUUUUUUUGUAUUAAAUCAAAGAAGUAGAAUGAUAUUUUCUUACAUAUGUCCUUGUUGAAAUUUUGAUUGUGGUGUGUGUGAGUGUGCAUAUUCUCUGACUUUAGAUGAGGCGUAAAAAAGUAUAUUAUGUAGUCCUCAUCUGACCAACUGUAAGAUGCGAAAAAACGGUCACAUUUUUUGUUGGCAUACCCAAAUUAUACAAGUGCAAUGUUUUUGUGAGAAAAAGUCAGAUUUGAGCAAACAAUUAGUAUUCCAUGGCUUAAAAAAAGCACUCAAAUAUUUGUUAUCACUGCAUACAUGUAUUAAUUAAUAAAGUAUCCCAUGCGUGAUUUUCUUUUUUGCAGUGUAGCAGGAAAGGAAUGUCAACUGACUGACCCUACUUUCCAAUUUUGGGCUUAUGAGGGCAGCAGAUCAAUUUUUUUUUAGGCCUAAUGCAAGAUGAAGCCUAAACCUACAGUGUAUUUCAUAUCAUAAUGAUAACAAUAGUGUGGAUUUUGUGGAGUGCACACCACAUAUAAACAUUCAUGGUGCUAGCUCCGCAACUUUUCGCUUUUAUAUGUACAAAUAUAAACAGAUCUACAAAUUAACCUCAAAUCCGAGUAACAUCUGGCAGUCUCGCUCGCAUUAAUACACGAUCAAUACAGCAGCAGUGCAAACUUUCAAAACAACUACC